UCCACUUUGUACCUUUCUCGCCCCGACUGCGAAGCGGGCCGGGACCCGCCGGGCCCGAGCCGACCGGACCCCGGGGGCGAUGCGGCUGCUGCCCCUGCUGUGGACCGUCCUCUGGGCCGCGCUCCUCGGCUCCCCUCUGCGGGGAGGCUCCAGCCUCCGCCACCCCAUCUACUGGAACUCCAGUAACCCCAGGCUGCUUCGAGGAGACGCUGUGGUAGAGUUGGGCCUCAACGACUACCUGGACAUCUACUGCCCACACUAUGAAGGCCCCGGGCCCCCCGAGGGCCCCGAGACCUUUGCCUUGUACAUGGUGGACUGGCUGGGCUACCAGGCCUGCCGGGCCCAGGGGGCCGGGGCUUUCAAGCGCUGGGUCUGUUCCCUCCCCUUCGCCCCCUCUGGCCCUGUUCGCUUCUCGGAAAAGAUCCAGCGGUUCACCCCGUUCUCCCUGGGCUUCGAGUUCCUGCCUGGAGAGACCUACUACUACAUCUCUGUGCCGACCCCUGGGAGUUUUGGCCAAUGUUUGAGGCUGCAGGUGUCCGUGUGCUGCAAGGAGGCGUUUCCUCUUUCCGUCUCAGAGUCUGAGUCUGCCCACCCGGUUGGAAGCCCCGGAGAGAGCGGCACGUCUGGGUGGCGAGGCGGGGGCACUCCGAGCCCCCUCUGUCUCUUGCUGCUGCUGCUAUUCCCGAUUCUGCGUCUUGUGCGGGUCCUGUGAGCCGACAGGACCUUUCCAGAUGAGGCCCGCAUGCUUUCAGAGGAGUACUGCCACCUGCACUGGAGGUGUCCAGUCAGCCAGAGGGUCUGCGAUGGCUCUCACAGGCUCCCGCCCCGCCGAGGAAGCACAUGGGGGGAAGCUGCAGACAUGGGGGCACCCUCUGCAGAUAUGACAGCACAAGCCUCAAAGCCAUGCCAGCUGCUCACUUUCAUAUUCUCAUCUCAGCCCCCACCAGGAAGAGUGGGUUUGGAGGAGUAGAACUCCUGAGCCAGCUACGGGCCAAGACUGAAGACCUGGCGGCGGGUCACUGCUUGCCUUGAGACCAAGCAGCAGUCCACAGAGCUGUGCCCGUCUCCUGCCUGCCGCCACCACCACUGCCCCCCUCGGGAAAGGGGCAACGCCUUGCCCUCCUCUGGGGGGGGCACUGAUUUGUCUUCUGUGAAGACGGACUUGCCAUGAGGUUGAAUUUCAUGCCAGUUUGUAUUUUUAUAAGUGUCUGGACCAAACU